CGUGAUCUCCAAACACACUCGAAAGACAAGGCCACGCUUUUCUUGGAAUCCAUUUCGCUUUCGUUUAGGGUUUCAUUUCCAUUCCUCUCUUGAGAGCUUCGAGAUUCAUCGUCAAUGGAGAUUGAGGGGCCUCAGGAGGAUGAAUCCAGCUUCAGCCAUGAGAUCACCACCAUGCCUGACCACCCUCCGAGGCGCGGCGUCGGUCACCGGCGAGCGCAGUCGGAGAUCCUUGGCCUCCCGGAUGAUAUCAGCUUCGAUAGCGAUCUUGGCGUGGUUGGCUCCGCCGCUGAAGGCGGUGGCCCUUCGCUCUCCGACGAGGCAGAUGAGGACUUGCUCAGCGGGGAUAUGCUUGAAUCUUCGCCGGGGGUGAUGUCUGGGAUGGGCAUUGCCGGUGGGGAGGGUUUGGGUUCGAGUUGGAUGGAGAGACCGAGGAUUAGGCAUCAGCAUAGCCAGUCUAUGGAUGGAUCGACAACGGCCAAGCCGGAGACGUUGGGAAAUGAGGGGAUGAGUCCUGCGGAGGCGAAGAAAGCCAUGGCGGCUGCGAAGCUUCAAGAUCUUGCCGCCAUUGAUCCGAAGCGCGCCAAGAGGAUAUGGGCAAAUAGGCAAUCAGCUGCAAGAUCGAAAGAAAGAAAGAUGCGUUACAUUGCAGAGCUUGAGCGCAAAGUGCAAGCCCUGCAAACAGAAUCAACCACAAUGUCAGCUCAAUUGGUUAUGUUACAGAGAGAUCAUAACAGCCUGAUGGUUCAAAAUAAUGAACUGAAGCUGCAUGUGCAGAGCAUGGAACAACAGGUUCUGCUUCAGGAUGGGCAAAACAAUUUGAUCAGAGAGGAGAUUCAACGACUGAAAGUGGCAACUGGCCAGGUGUUACCAAAUAGCAGCGGGCAAGCAAUGAACUACGGUCCAUCCUCUUUUGGUGCCAAUCAGCAACUAUACAAUCACAAUCGCUCAAUGCAAUCCCUUUUAGCCGCCCAGCAACUGCAGCAACUCCAUCUUCAUUCACAGCAUCAGCAGCAGCUACGGCCAACCCAGCAUCAAGACCAUCAACCACAACAACAAUCUGACCAUAGAGCUGAGAAUGAAAAGGGUGAGGAAACUUUGCACUCAAAGGGUAUGUACAUGGGACAGCAGCAGCACUCCGGAGGAAUGAAUCUAGGGAGGUAAACACUGGUCGAAAACCAAGUCAACUUACCCUACUUGACUGGGCCAUGCAUAGAGGUCGUAUGCCAAACACUACAUGUUGCUUACUCUUUGUUAAUAGUAGAACAUGUAGAUGAAGCAGAGUUCUGUCUUUGAAAAUUGCUUCUCUCCAACUGGCCCUGUUAAUUAUCUCCAUUAUUAGGAUGCUGAUGUUAGAUGAGUUCAAGCAUAUAAGGAAGGUAUCUUUCUGAAUGUUUUCUAUGUUUGACAAUGCAAGAGUAAUCUAAAGGCUUAUUGGUUUGACCACUCAA